UCAGUUGAUAUCGAGUGCUAAAAGUUUGAAGUUGACUCUGAAGUUGUUUUUCUGAUUUGUUUUUCUUUUGCUCUUAUAAAAAUUUUUAAAGUAUGAGUUUCGGAGUAUCAUUAACGAUUGGAAUUCUUGAGUUCUUCUCUUUCUUCUACACUGUGAUUACUUUUCCGGUCUAUGCUAUAAUCCAACGGCCUUGGAAUCGUCGAACGCUCUCUAGAAGAGUGAAGGCAAAAGCAAUCAGCCAGAAUAAAUCACAAAUUACUUAUCGCUCUCUUAGUGGACCCACGGAUUUACAUAAAGAGAUUAUUUUGAAGAACAAGCUCGACACUUUGGAAAAGGUUUGGAAUUAUGUUGUUAAAGAAAAAACCACAGCAAAAUGUCUCGGCACACGACGAAUUCUUGCGGAAGUUGAUGAAGUUCAACCAAAUGGACAAAUCAUGAAGAAAUUGAAAAUGGGCGAUUACGUUUGGCGUGAUUUCAUUGAAACGAACAGAGAUGUAUUAAACUUCGGUAAGGGUAUCCGCGAGCUUGGUGUCAAAGCCCGAAGCAAUGUUGCAAUCUUUGCUGAGACUCGUGCUGAAUGGAUGAUUUCUGCUCAUGGUCUCUUCAAACACGCUUGUUCAAUUGUUACAAUUUAUGCAACUCUUGGCGAUGAAGCAAUCGCUCAUUGCAUCAAUCAAACUGAAGUUGAAUUUCUGAUUACAUCACACGAAUUAAUGCCAAAGAUCCGUAAAUUGCUAAAUCAAUUCCCUAAGCUUAAAAAUAUCAUCUACUUUGAACAUCAAAUUCACACAACUGAUACAAGUGGAUUCGGAGAUAUCAACGUAUAUUCAUUUGAAGAUGUCUUAAAGAGAGGAAUGACAAGUGAAAUUGAUUCAACUCCUCCCGUUGAAGAAGAUAUUGCAAUCAUCAUGUUCACUUCAGGUUCCACAGGCGUUCCUAAAGGAGUUUUGCUAUCACAUGGAAAUUGCUUAGCAACUAUGAAGAACUUUAUUGACGCCGCAAGUCGAGAUGAUAAGGUCAUGCCAGAUGACAUUCUUAUUGCUUUUCUGCCACUUGCCCAUGUCUUUGAACUUGUUGCUGAAAACGCAUGUUUUGUUGUUGGAAUUACGAUGGGUUAUUCAUCUCCAGCUACUCUUCUUGAUAGUAGUCCGAUGAUUAUGGCAGGAGCGAAAGGUGACGCAGCAAUCUUAAAACCAACAAUCAUGACUUGCGUUCCAUUAAUUCUUGAUCGAAUAUUGAAAGGAAUUAAUGAUAAAGUCAGCAAGUCAUCAACAAUACAACGAGCGAUAUUUACCUUCGCUAAUCGGUACAAGGUUAGAUGGACAAGACGUGGGUAUUCAACGCCAUUAGCAGAUAAAAUUGUCUUCAAGAAAAUCCAAGCUGUUGUGGGUGGAAGAAUUCGCUUAUUUGCUUCAGGGGGUGCACCAUUGUCAGCUGAGACACACGAACAAGUUAAGCUUUGCCUUUGUGUUGAUGUCUUGCAAGGAUAUGGUUUGACUGAAACUUCAGCUGGUGCGACUAUCACUUGUAAAUAUGAUUUGAACUAUGGUCGUGCUGGUUAUCCAUCAGGAUCUUCUGAUGUCAGACUGGAAAAUUGGGAAGAAGGAGGUUAUCGAGUCACUAACAAGCCUUAUCCACAAGGUGAAAUCAUAGUCGGCGGUACCAAUGUUGCGCAAGGCUAUUACAAAUUGCCUGAUCAGACUAAUGAAGCUUUCUUCGUCGAAGAUGGCAAGAGAUGGAUGAGAACUGGCGAUGUUGGUGAGAUUCACGAAGAUGGAACAUUGAAAAUUAUUGAUCGUAAAAAAGAUUUAGUUAAACUUCAAGCUGGUGAAUAUGUGUCAUUAGGAAAGGUUGAAACUGAAAUGAAAUUAUGUCCAAUUGUUGAGAACAUUUGUGUGAUUGCACUUCCUUCAAAGAAUCACGUCAUCGCUGUGGUGGCACCGAAUGAAAAGAUUUUGGGCGAAGUGGCUGAAAGUAUGGCAAUUAGAGGAGAUUUCAAAAGUCUCUGUGCAAAUACGACACUUCAAAAGGUUAUAUUGAAAGACAUCACUGAACAUGGUAAGAAAUAUAAACUCUUCAAGUUUGAAAUUCCAACAGCGAUUAUUGUGAGUGAUGAGCCAUGGACGCCUGAGAGUGAUCUUGUCACAAGUGCAUUUAAAAUUAAACGAAAGGAGGUUUUCGCAAAAUACAAAAAUGAAAUCAAUAUAAUAUAUCCAGCUUAAAGACAUCCUACGUUUGUCAACGACUUCAAUCAUAAGAGAUGGAAACAUCUAGAAAAACAUCCUUCGAACUUCAAGUACUCGUUUCAAUGUAUAAAAAAUGCCAUUUUUAUUCAAAUAUUUGGUUAUUUGUAAAUAUUUGAACACCAAUGAGAAUAAAUAAAUAAAUAAAUUGUAGAAAGA